AUGUUAUUACAAAAAGCUUGGGCGCCACUUACCAUUUGGCUAACAAUUUUGAAUUAUUCCAAUGGAAAUAUCCUCACAACAACCGUUAACAAUGAAGAACCCUACACGCGAGAUUUUUACAGUGUACCCACAACGGUGAAAACCUAUGAAAAUGAUACCGUUCUCUUGCCUUGUGAUUACAAAUCUUCUUAUCAUUCGGUUCGCUGGCUAAGGGAUGAAGAUUUGCUGAUGGAAGCUCCCUAUAUGGAAGAAGUAUCCCUCAAUCGUUAUCAUCUCUUGAGCAAUGGCAGUCUGCUUGUCAUGGAUGUUCAAACGGAAGAUACGGGUCGAUAUUAUUGUGAAAUGUUAACACCAUCCGAAAAGGCGGUACAGGCACAUGCCAUAGAAGUACAGUAUCCUCCAAAGGUGUAUGUAACGCCAAAUGGUUUUCUAGAGCUACCAAUUGGUGCAGUAUUGGAGAUAAUUUGUGAAACUGAAGGUGUCCCCCAACCCGCCGUAUCGUGGACUUAUAACAAUGAAACAGUGGUGGAUUAUUUGGUCGGCAAUCGUCAAACUCAUAUUGUCGAAAUCAAAUCGCGUAAUAUGUCCGGUAAUAUUGAGUGUGUGGCACAGAAUGGUGUCGGCCAACCGGUGGCGGAUGGUGUAGAGUUGCUUGUCCUGUUCGCACCAGAAAUUCGCAGCCCUCAAAAGAUCUACUACUCCAAGGUGAGUGGUCGCAUUCAAAUGGACUGUUAUGUCGAAUCGGCACCUUUGGCUAAGGUACGUUGGUAUCAUGCUGGCAAACUUAUCGCCAUGGGUCCCUACUACACUCGGCAAGAUGUUGAAAUGCCUCUGAACUACACCUACAACAGCCACAACAACAACAAUCAAAACAACCGUUACUAUUCCGAUAUGCGACAUUCGCUGAUAUUGAAAAAUGUCCGCGAAUCCGAUAUGGGCAUGUAUGAGUGUCGUGCCGAAAACGCACAUGGCGUCCAAAGCAAUUAUAUGGAGCUGACAUUCCGUCCAAUGCCGUGUACCUUUAAAACAAGUCCCGACAUGCAGAGCCCGACAUCCCACACCCUGGUGUGGCAGACAGAAAGUUUUUCGCCGGUUAUUGAAUUUAAACUGAAAUUCCGACAAGUACCAUCUGAAACUACAGUCUCGUUCACAACAUUGGCCAGCAGACCAGAAUGGACCGAAUUGACCAUACCAUCGGAUAUUUCAAUAGGACCCAUUUACACCACCACCUACACAUUAUAUGGCCUGUAUCCGGCCAGCAUUUAUCAGGUUGUGGUAUUGGCCCGUAAUCAUUACGGCUGGAGUGAUAGCAGUAAAAUUUUACGUUUUGCUACCGGUGGUGAAGUUGAAUUUCCAAAUUAUUCCACCGAAUCGGAUAGUGGUAUCAGUGGCACUGACGCUGGAGAGCUUGAAGAUCGCAAUGAUGAUUUAGCCAAUGACGCCAACGGAGAUAUGGAGAUAACAAGUAACGAUAUUACGGAAAAUUCAAUUGUCGUCGAAAAAGAUAAGACACUGUACUCAAGCAUGUAUGCGUUCUCCUCAUCGGCAGCGUCCUCAGCAAUGGCGGCUAGACUCUUUGAAUAA